AUGGAGCCCGCCAAAUCGAAGAACGAGGCUAUCAUCGCUCGUGCCAAAGAUCUGGCCAAUGUACCAUGGUGCGAGGAGUAUGAAAAGAUGAUCUCUGGCAUGCUGACCAUGUUCAUUAAUGUCUAUAGGUACAAUGCCUUUGUUCCAGAACUCUUGACCGGCCGUUUCCGUGCUCGCAAGCUAGCAUCACAAUUCAAUGCACCCAUCCCAAUCGAGACUACAGAAGAAGAUUUGAUGUCACAGCGCGCCAAACUCCUCAAACAGUUCUUUGGCUCCCUCGGCAAGAACAGUUUCAUCGAGCCACCUCUCAAUGUCGACUAUGGUUGCAACAUCCUCAUAGGCGAGGACUUCUACUCAAACUUUGGCUUGACGGUCCUUGAUUGCUGCUUGGUGGAAAUCGGCGACAGGGUCUUGUUCGGACCUAAUGUCAGCAUCUUGAGUGCAACGCAUCAGACCGACGUCCAGUCACGCCGCGACGGUGUCGAGUUCGCAUUGCCGGUGUUCAUUGGAGACGACUGCUGGAUUGGCGGAAAUGUCAGUAUUCUGCCUGGCGUGACCAUCGGCAAUGGUUGCACUAUCGGAGCAGGCUCAGUUGUCACGAAGAGCAUUCCGGCAUUCUCGGUGGCUGUUGGAUCACCUGCAAGAGUCAUCAAGAAGGUUGCGGAAGCAGAGCCCGUACCCAAGAACUGA